CCGCCAAGUCCCGGCCCCUGUCGCCGCGCGGGCAGCUUCGGGGGCCCCGGCCUGACCCGCCACAGUGCUGGGCACCUUGGAAAUGGGGCGCCGCAUGGACGCCCCAGCCAGCGCCGCGGCCGUGCGCGCCUUCCUGGAGCGCGGCCACACGGAGCUGGACACGGCCUUCAUGUACAGCGACGGCCAGUCCGAGAGCAUCCUGGGCGGCCUGGGCCUCGGGCUGGGCGGCGGCGACUGCAGAGGUAACUUGUCCCUCCCGUGCACUUUGCGGCGCCCAGCCGGCCCCAGCCGUGUCCCAGCCGCGCGCCCCUCCCGGGCGCCGACCUCCCGGCAACUCCGUGAACGUCUAGCUCCAGACAGCCGGACAUCCUUUGUCCUGACCUCCUUCCUUUCCUCUUUUCCCUUCCAAGAAGAUCGUCCAGGACCCUCCCUACAGCAAUGUCCCACACAGGUCCAGUCUGGGACGCCUUGGUUAGCUCUUCUAGGGGGCACUGAAAGGGUUGGAUCUGGUGCUGUGCAGUGCCUGCCCCCUUUCCCGUCCCCCCGCGGGUGCCCUGUGCGGGCCCCAUCUGCCAGAACCCUGCCCCUACUGUUCUGGCAUUCCCUGGCACAGCCCCGGAUCAGACUUUGGGACGGGUGGGAGAUCUGCAUCCUCCUUGCUCUGGGCCCUAGACUUUGCUCUGUGGAGCUCGGGGUGCCACGUUCAGUCGGCAGUGCCUCCCACUUCACGAGACUGGCAGUGCCUGGCAGUGCCUGGCAGCUGCGGUUACUCAGUGGGCAGAGCAGGCAGGAUGGGAGAGGGGAGGUGGUAGCGUUUCUAACUGCCCUCUGUGCUAGCCUCUGA